UCGAAGGGGAUUUUUAUCAGAUGAAAUAAAUUGUAAUUCAGUCCUUGAUCUCUGCUCUUCUUCCUCGAUGAACCGGAUGAUUGCUAUCAUGCAAUUGCUCUCGACUAUGUAUGAUGGUGUCCCGGAUCCUUAUGUUCUUUCGUUCAAUCGCCGGAGCUGUGUGCAUGUUUCAAGGCGAAAACAUCACAUCAUGUCAGAAACAGGUACAAAUCUAUAUAAUCUUGGUCAUAGUAUCUCAUGCAUGCAAAAAUAGGCAUGUCAAGACAACCGUAGAAGGAGAGGAAAUGAAACAAGAAGAUCAGAAACAAGGGGGUACACUGUGGGCCGUCGUCCCACUGCAGCGAAGCCAUGCAGAUCUGCAUCGCCUGGAGCCAGAGUUCGGGAGAAGGGCGUCUGUAGUCGGAAGGGAAGCGGCUGGCGUCUUGUUUCUGCCGACGGAAGUGCUCGAAGAUCGAUCAUCAGUCCCCCGUACAUAUGAAAGCGCGGUGUAUUCUGGUGCAUCGAAGAUCGGUCGACGAAUGAGCUCGCAACGCAUCUCUGAAGCGUCGUCUUGCGGACUGAAUCGAAGAGGGCGGAUCCAGGGCUCGCAUGUUGAUGAUUCGACUAUGGGCAGAUCGCGAUAGAUGCUGCGUUCCGGGGGUUGAAUAUCGUCUGUGAUGUCGGAUGUGGCGCUAUCGGCCCUGUCGACGGAGCAUUCGAUGGGCGGUGGAGCUUGCUAUGGCGCGUCCGAGAUGGAUCUCGUGAUGUCGUCAAAGCCCUCGUCUGAGUAGAAGUCGUCAUCUUCUGCAUCGUUG